CAAUGAUUGUCAUUUAAAUAAUACCUUCAUUUCUUUUCUGACAUUAGAUGAAAUAAAAUAGUGUUGCACUAAUUGUUAAGUUAUGAAAAUUGGUAUAAAUUAUAAUAUAAUAAGGCGUGAAUUCGGAAAAUUGUCGCAUUACAGAUCGCAAAAAAGUUAAAGGCGUGAGAAUGAGGGAUUAUAGCCCUACGUGGGAAAGGGUGUAAUUUCUAAAUACGUGUGAUUAGUAAAACGUUGAAAUCGUUUUUUUUUUUCCAAAAGGCCUGUUUCAUUGACACUGGAAUAUUAAACACCCAAAAAGUCAAAAUAAAAUCGAGAAACACAAAUUUUGUAAAAACGUCUGGUGCUUUUUCCACGUAUAGACAAACAAAUCAAUCGUCAAAUAAGCACAAUUGCUUACGUUAAUAAAGUUACUUGGAACAGCAGAAGCAGUUGAUAAUGUCUUCUACAUCUAUAUUAGGUGUUAUUCAACAUUAUCAAAGAAGCAUCGAGCAUUCCCAGGACGAUGAGGGCAGACUUUUACACUGUAUCAACAAGUUGUAUAAAUUACCUGUUAAAGUGGAACAUUUACAAGAGACCGGAGUUGGCAAAACAGUAAAUUCACUGCGCAAAUAUAAUGGCGAAAUUGGUAUUGCUGCAAAAGCUUUGGUUACCAAAUGGAAAGCUAUGGUUGCAGCUGAAGAAGAGCCAGCGGAGGUCAGUAACUGUCAAGGCAAUGACGAUGAUGAUGAUAUGAAUAAUGCCAAUGGGCAUGGGUCAAGUGAUGAUGACCGUCACAAUCACUCAAGAAAGACUUCUCCACAAGAACAUACUCAUUCAAAUACGUUAAGUGAAAAUACACCAAAAGAACGCCAAAAUAAGCACAGAGACAAAGGCAAUUCGGAGCAUAAAUCGAAAUCACAUAAUGAAACACACAAACAUGAAAUUUCAACGACGAAACGUAAGCGGGAUGUGGAGCAAGAACAAAAAGAAGUAUCCGCCGUAAAGAAAUCCAAACAUGAAGAUCGCCGAAAUGAGGGAAAGAAUCGCGAAAAUGAUAGACAUAAAUUAUCAGAUGAGAAAUCGACGCGACAUCACGAACAUGGUGAGAAACACAGCUCAAACAGGGAUACUAAAACUACCUCUUCUUCGACAACACAUCACAAAAAUGGUGGUGACUCUAAAGAAAAAAGAGAAAGCCUUAAGGGUGCAAAGUUGAAUGAACAUACAAGUUCGUCGAGACGGGAAACAAAUUCUUCGUCAGAGAAAACAAGCAAACAGGAUGAAAACGAAAAGCAUAGAUCGUCGAAGGACAAAGAUAGGCAUGAACGAUCAAAGGAGAGCAAAAAUGAUAAAGGUAAAUCUUCAUCAAAAGACACAUCACAUCGCGACAAGCACCACAACUCAUCCACAUCACAUUCAUCUAAUGUCAGCAGCAAGCCUUCCACAUCGGCAACCGAACAAGUUGCUACCUCAUCAUCAUCGCAUGCCAAAGGUGAGAGCAGAAAUAAUAGCAGAAAACGUCAACUAGACAGUGAUUCGAACGAUUCAACGCCAACAAAAACCAAGGGGCCGAAGACACCAAAAGCUACAAAACAAAAAGCCCCUAUUCAUAACGACAAUGAGGAGGAAGUUGAUGCGGAUGAUGGUAUUGAUUCGUCGAUGGGCGCGAAUUUCGCCGAUGUUCUGGGCAUGCUUAACAUGCCAACAAAGAAAGCGAAAAAAUCGCUAAAUACAAGCAAAUCGCCCACAGCCAGUACUUCUAGCAAGAGUACGUCGAAUGAUAAGCCGAGCGGUAGCAGUAGUUCAAGUAAAAAUGCUAGAAGUGAAUACAUACCAACCCCAAUAAGCUCAGCCAGCACUUCAGCAAAACCUGUAGAUAAAAAACCAGAUUUAUUGUCGGCGUCGGCGAAAUUGGCGCCACUUGAUCCGAGCAUUGCGCUUGAACUACCAACGAUUUCAGCCAAUUAUAAACCGCUUCCACACAAUAAGACUGUAAUGGAUUGUAUUUACCGUAAUAGCGGCGCGGUAUUGCCCACUCCUAAACCCGUGCGUACACUCACUGAUGCAGAGGCACUGAGUCAUGGUAUCUCAUCGAAAACAAUGCGUACGAAAAUAUACUCUGGUGUCAAGACAGGUCAAGUCUUACAAGUACCAUCACUAUUUGAUCUAUGCAUACGCGUAUUGCAGAAGAAUAUCGAUGGUCUAGAAUACACUGGCGGUGUACCGUUUGAUGUGCUGCGUCCUGUUUUGGACCGUGCCACACCGCAACAGUUACUCACAUUCGAAGAAUAUAAUCCAUAUUUGAUGGAAGACAGCGAUUGCUUGUGGCAGAUACAUGUGCAACGCAAUUAUCGUUCCAAAAAGCGCUUAGAAAUGGAGUCAUGGCGUGAAAUGUAUUUGCGUUGCGAGGAGGAAAAGGAACAAAAGUUGAAUAGCCUCACGGCGACUAUCAAGCAAUCGCAGAAAAUAAUUGCUGCACCCGUUCGUAAAACGCAAUUGGCGUUUGUUGAUUUGAUGGUGAAGCCGCCGCGUAGUGUGAUGCGUAAGCAGGAACAAUUUGGCACGAAGGCAAAACUGGUUGCCACACCAGCGGCACGCGUCGCAGCACUAUCCAACGUCACACCCAAUGCGGGCAAAGUGGGUGAUACGCGUCUACGCGUAGCGGCUACCGUACGCGACGCGGCACAAGUUUCUCAUGCGCCGAUGCGCGCAAAGAAGGCACCACUCAUGGCGAAAACAUUGCAGUUCAUGCGUGGCCGUCACAAGCGUUAGGCUAAAAUUUUUGUUUCGUUACUUUGUGUUCGUUAGUCUGAUGUUUGUUCAAUAAGGCCUCAAUCAAAAAAAAAUUCAAAUAACUAAUGUAUUUUUAAUGAAAUUACCAUGUUACUACAAGAUUGCGUAUACUUUCGUAUAUAAAUUAGCUGUAUGCUCCGUAUUCAUAAUUUAUAAGAAUACAAAAAACAAAAUAUGUUUUAAUUCAUAAAAUUAAAAAUUGUAGUUGUUUAACAGUAAAAACAAAAACAUUGCAUCACACAUACACACUCAGAUAUGCAUAUUAGUACGUAUUUAAACAUAAACUAUAUAUAAUCUUCGCUUUAAGUUUACCGAAGUUUGCGUUCAAAAUUUGUUUUUACUAUUUGUCAUUUUAAGCCAAUGUAAAGAACUACACACAGACGCCUACGUACACGUGGGUGUGUAAUGCAAGCACUAGGGCUGUGCUAACUGUUAAAAAGAUUUCAAAACCUUUGUAAAAUUAUAACUAGUUUAAAACAAGAUAUAGCGUUAAAAUAGGCAAUUUCUGAAUAAAUAUCAAGUAUGAAAUAA